AUGCGCGCGGUCGCGGCGGAUGCGGAGGCGAAGGAAGCGGCGGAGCGCGCGAGAGUUGAGGAGGAAAAGCGGCGGCAAGAGGCGGAGGAGGCGGCGAGGAAAAAGGCGGAGGAGGACGCCGAGGCGGCGAAGAAGCGAGCGGAGGAAGAGGCGAAGGAAAAGGCGCGCGAAGAGGAAGCGAAGCGCAAGCAGGCGGCGAGCGAUUACGUCAGUGGUAAAGCCACGGGAGAAAUCCCGCGCGUCGCCGCGGCGGCGGAGGCGUUGGAGCAGGAAACGAACUUGGCCAAGACGCUCGUCGAGGCGCGCGCGAUGGUGGCCGAGUAUCAGUCGCAUCCGACGGCGAAAUUGGAACGCCGGAAACUCACGAACACCAUCGUGGUGCACGUGCAACAAAUCGCGGCGACGAAGGAGCAAAUCAAUAAGAAGAGUCGAGACAUCAUGAUGCUGCUGGUGCAAUUGCAGGAGCCUCAAAAGACGUUCGCGUUGAUGAGCAUCGCGAAAAAGAUGCUCUCGCAGUGCGACGUGCAGGUGGCCAAACUCAAUCGCUACGCGUUUGCGCUCGCCGAAGUCGCGGUGAGUAUCGCGAUCGACGUACCGAGGUUUGGUGUCUUGCUCGUCGCCCUCAUACACGAGGUUUGCGUCAACGCGGUGCCGAAGUAUUACCCGUUUGUUCCGGGACGUUACGCCACCGACGACGAAUACUACAGUCUCAUGGGGUACGUCAAAAACGAUGAAGGCACGGCGUUCGAAACCACGGAUUCCUACGUCGAUCGCAUGACGGGUAGCAUGCUCUUUUACGCCGCGUUUUUACAAGUCGACGCGCCGAAUCACCCACACGGCGUCGACGCCGCGUGGCGAUGGCUCGCGCGUCUGUUGAACAGAUGUCCGCCCAAUCGCCACACCGCGGUGGCUCUGGACUCAUUCCUCAAAAUCGCCGGCUUUCGCAUGUACGCGGCGUAUCGCGGUCAGUUCGUCAAAGUCCUCGAACUCAUCCAUCGAGAGUUUCUUCCAAAGUUGGACGCCAAGAACGAUCCCGACAUUCGGCCCGUGUCGUCGCGCAUCGCGACGUACCUACAGGAGAGUCUGUACACGAAAUCUCCCGAAGGCCGCGACAUGCCCAACACCGACACCAGCUCGCACACGUUUUGA